ACUUGUUUCUUAUCCUUCUCCGCUACCUAAGACAUAGAGAGAGAGAGAAACACAGUGAGGGAGAAAUGGUUUCUCUGAAGCUACAGAAGCGGCUCUCCGCGAGCGUUCUAAAGUGUGGAAAAGGAAAGGUUUGGCUCGAUCCUAAUGAAGUCAACGAGAUCUCUAUGGCAAACUCCCGCCAGAACAUAAGGAAGUUGGUUAAAGAUGGUUUUAUCAUCAGGAAGCCAACCAAGAUUCACUCUCGAUCUCGUGCUCGUCGCAUGAAGGAAGCCAAGAGAAAGGGACGUCACUCUGGAUAUGGUAAGCGCAAGGGUACAAGGGAGGCAAGGUUGCCCACAAAGAUCUUGUGGAUGAGAAGGAUGCGUGUACUUAGACGCCUACUCCGCAAGUACAGGGAAUCAAAGAAGAUUGACAAGCACAUGUACCAUGACAUGUACAUGAAAGUCAAGGGUAAUGUGUUUAAGAACAAGAGAGUCCUCAUGGAGAGCAUCCACAAAUCCAAGGCUGAGAAGGCCAGAGAAAAGACAUUGGCUGACCAGUUUGAAGCUAAGAGGGCUAAGAAUAAGGCAAGCAGGGAAAGGAAACAUGCUAGGAGGGAGGAGCGAUUGGCCCAGGGACCUGGAGGAGUAGAGAAGCCAGUUGCAGCACCACCUGCCGCCACUGCUCAACCAGCUGGUGGUUCCAAGAAGUCCAAGAAGUAAGGAGGUGAUCUAGCGAAGAAGUGUGAGCCAUGAAUUUAGAGAGAAACAUGUUCAAGUAGUUUUUUUGUCGAGCCAGUCUGCUGUUUUUGGCCAAUAUGAACUUGUUUAAGUUGGAUUAAGGUUUCAUGAUUUUGUUCUCAGUUUCCAUGCUGUUUUGUUUACUUUUUAGUGACAUUUAUUUAUUUUUGCUAUGGUUUCAUUGAAUUCUAAAUACCAUCGUUUCAUCGACUGCUUAA